AAUAUUUGUCCAAAAUGGGCCGCAGAACCAGCACAAUCUUCUCCUUCUCGCUCUACUCAAUUACUCAGGAAGCUCGCUUUAGAAAAUGGUGCUUACUAAUUUCAAUGGCGUCGGCGUUGGAUUUGGUUUUGGCGUCGGCUGUGGCUUCGGUGUGGGAUGGGGUUUUGGAGGAGUGCCUUUGAAUGUGUUGGGUCUCGGUGCAGGAGGCGGAUGCGGGGUUGGUCUAGGCCUUGGAUGGGGAUUUGGCAAUGCAUUUGGCAGCAAGUAUAGAUCAUCUAGAGUCACAUUCCAGGGCAUAGAGUUUGAUUCAAAGGAAGAAACUGCUGCCAGUGGCGUCGGCGAGUCUAAAGCUUUGUUAAAACCCGCCGGCAAAUAGGUGGAUCACAAUAACACCUUUUGUACCUUCAGCUUUCACCGUUUCCUCAACAGACGAGGCUGUCUUUAGCAAAUUACGGAGUUUGCAGAUCUCUUGUCAACUCCGGUUGGUUCUUACUUCCAUUAUCUUAUGAAUAUUGGAUCGCUGGUGGAUAUCUGUUUCUCUCUGUUCUCAUUGUGGCUUACUGUGAUCAUGUAGUAGUGAUGCAAUUAAAAAACUUGGUCUAUUUAGACAAAAUGUGUUGAUGUUUAUAAAAAUAACACAUUUACUCUCAAUAUUUAAUGUAGUACUAUGACAAAAAAAACAAUUUUUUUAAUGUAAAAGUACCUUUUUCUUUUUA